CGAGAGCAAGUGUUUUGAUUUAAAUUUUUCCUAAUUAUCAAUAAUUACGGAAAAGUUCGAGAAAAUAAAAAGGAGAAUUUAUGACGUGGCUAAAGUAUUAACCACACUGGGAAAACUCAAGGAUAAUUUGUUGAUUUGAUCAUAAUGGGGCGGCUAACUAUAUGGUUCCUAUUGGGACUAACGUUAAUCGCCGUCUCCAACAAUGUUGGGUUUGUCAAUGCCGAUGUCGGACCAAGCGAAUCAGAAUGUCGACCCUACAUUGAAAAGGCUAUAAGUGAAUUGAAAACAGAUGGCAUUAAAGAUGACUCUGGAGAAUUGCAAUCCGAUCAGCCUCGUAGGGACAAUGAUGACGACGACGACGACGAUGAUGAUGAUGGUGGGAUAGGGAAUGAUGAUGAAAAAGAUACUGUUGAAAUUGAAACUGUCGAAUUGGAUUCCACAGAGGACGCGAAAAGCGCAAACGAUCUUGAUGGCGAUGGCAUUCCUGAUGACGAGGACGAUGAUAUUGAUGGGGAUGGCAUACCAAACGACAAGGACGACGAUAUCGAUGGAGAUGGCAUACCGAACGAUGAGGAUGAUGACAUUGAUGGCGAUGGCAUACCGAACGAAGAUGAUGACGAUAUUGAUGGCGAUGGUGUGCAAAAUUCCAAAGACGAGGAUAUCGACGGUGAUGGUGUGCCAAAUCAUGAGGAUGAAGACAUCGAUGGCGAUGGCAAAGUGAAUCAUGAGGAUGAUGAUCUUGAUGGUGAUGGUACUCCAAAUCAUGAGGACGAUGACUUGGAUGGUGAUGGCGUGCCCAACGAGGAAGAUGAGGAUUUAGAUGGCGAUGGCAAAAAGAAUCAUGAGGAUGACGAUCUAGAUGGCGAUGGUGUCCAUAAUGAUGAUGAUGAGGAUUUGGAUGGUGAUGGCACAAUUAAUCAUGAGGAUGAGGAUCUUGAUGGCGAUGGCGUCAAGAAUGAAAAGGACGAGGAUCUAGAUGGCGAUGGCAAAGCCAACGAAGAGGAUGAUGAUCUGGAUGGCGAUGGUGUGCCAAAUGAAAAGGAUUCGGAUUUGGAUGGAGAUGGCAUCUUGAAUGAACAUGAUAACGAUGUAGAUGGCGAUGGAGUGCCCAAUGAGCAUGAUAGUGAAGAGAAUGGUGAUGAUGAUGACGACGAUGAUGAUGAGGAAGAGGUUAAGAAACGCAGCAAGCGUGAGGUUGAUGCAGCUCCAGUUUUGGAUGUUGUGCCACCCCCAAGCCCAGCUGAUGAAUUCCCUGUCGAAGAAGAAGAAGCCGUCAAAGAGGAGUCUGUUGAAGUUGAAGCUGAACCAGAAGCCGAGGCCGAAGCAGAGCCCGAACCCGUUGCUGAAGAAGAACAGCCAGAAGCUGAGGAAGCAGCCGAGCCUGUGGUAGAAGUAGAAGAAGUCAAACCCACCGAGGAAAAGGAAGAAGAUGCUCCUGUUGAAGAAGCCCCUGCAGAGGAGGCUAAAAAAGAAGAAGAAGCCGAUGAGUCUGUGGAAAAGGAAGGUGUUCAAGAAGAUGCCAUUGAACCAGAGCAAGCUCAAGCCGAUUCGGCUGUUGCAACUGGCAACGAAGAAGACGACGAUGAUGAUGAUGAAGAUGAUACCAAACCAGAGGACGAACUUCUUUGGGAGGGUGAAAUCCCACAAAAUCGCCGCAGUCGUCAACACAUCUCAGAGCUCUUGCAAUUGGAUGAGGAAUUCAAUGCUCGCGAAAAGGCCACCGAUAAUGUGGCUGAAAUUAUCCUAAGAGAUAUCAAACGUAUCUAUGAGAAUGCUGUCAAGCCAUUGGAAACGCUCUACAAGUAUCGCGAUCUUAGCAAUCGUCACUUUAGUGAUCCCGAAAUCUUCUCCAAGCCAUUGAUCCUAUUUAUGGGUCCAUGGUCUGGUGGCAAGUCCUCGAUUCUUAACUAUUUGACUGACAAUGAAUAUACACCCAACUCAUUGAGAACCGGAGCCGAACCCUCUCCAGCCUAUUUCAAUAUUCUGAUGUGGGGCAAUGAGACUGAGGUUUUGGAUGGCACUCAACUGGCUGCUGAUUAUACCUUUGCUGGCCUGCAAAAGUUCGGCCAGGGACUGGAGGAGCGACUUAGGGGUCUGAAGAUGAAGAGCAAGUUGCUCGAAAAGGUCAACAUUGUCGAGAUACCCGGCAUUCUCGAAGUGCGCAAGCAGGUCUCUCGUGUCUUCCCCUUCAACGAUGCCUGCCAGUGGUUCAUCGAUCGCGCCGACAUCAUCUUUCUGGUCUACGACCCAGCCAAGUUGGAUGUGGGCCCCGAAACGGAGGCCAUUCUCGAUCAGCUAAAGGGGCGCGAAUACCAAACGCGCAUCAUUCUUAACAAGGCUGAUACCGUCAAGCCUGAGGAACUGUUGCGUGUGCAGGGCGCCCUCAUUUGGAACAUUUCGCCGCUAAUGUCGUCGGCCCAACCGCCAUUGAUGUACACCACCUCGCUGUGGACGCAUCCAUAUCAGGAUGGCGCACCGGCCCGCCUGCUAUUGGCCCAGGAACGUGCCUUCUUGCGAGAUUUGCGUACGGCCAUCGAUAAGCGUAUUGAACACAAAAUAUCCAGUGCUCGUCGCUUUGCAGUGCGCGUGCGCAAUCAUGCCAAGAUGGUCGAUUGUUAUCUAAAUACCUAUUACAAUCACAAGACGCUUUUUGGCAACAAGAAGCGCAUAUCGGAUGAUAUUGUCGAUCAUCCGCAGAAUUAUCAUAUCUACGAAGGUCUCUCCACACUGACCAACAUCUCGCGUUACGAUCUGCCGGAUCCUGAAGUCUAUCGUGACUUCUUCCGCUUGAAUCCCCUGUACGAGUUCAAGAAGCUAACAGAGACAUGUACUUAUUUCCGUGGCUGUCCCAUCACCAAGCUGGAUGUGGCCAUUGCCUACGAGUUGCCCGAACUUGCCGGCAAAUACAAGAAAAUGUCCGAGGCAGCAUUGGCCAGCAUUGAGGCACAGCACGAACAAUCGGCGGAGACGGGUAACAAUCCGGCCGAGCCGAAAAAGACGAGAUGAGGAGAUAACCUGCCAUUUAUGUAGUUUGUUUUCUUUAAUAAGCAUGAGAGAGUACGGAGAGUUAGAGAUAGAGAAUGAAUACGAGACAGAGACAGAUGAAAUGGGAAGAAUGGGACAUCGGCAAAUGGAAACCGUCUAAUGUGAAUUAACUGCAUCGAAUGAGCUAAUUGAAUAGUAAUGAAGUAAAGUAAAGUAGACAGCGGGAGAGUUAGGAGGAGCACAUGUCCACGAGGGCCACAAAUGAGAGCAUUUUGUAACAACAGCGUAAGACAUCCUAUAUAGAAGAGGGCCAAGAGAGUUUCGAGAUUGAUUGAUCGAUCUGUUUUAGAGCAAUGCGUUGCAAUGUUUUGGUCCAAAGUUUAGUGACCUUUAAGAACUCAAUUAUUUUCAAAUUAAUAUUGCAACAAUUUUUAAUUUUUUCGUUUUUUUCGAUAUGAUUUUCACAUAUUUAAUGUAUGUAUGUAUAAUAUCUACAUAAUUGAACUGAGAGUUUUUUUUUGAGAGAGGUAACUAAUAUGCACAAAUGAGAGCUUAAAUACCAAAGACCAAUCAACUUUUGGUUAGUUAUUUUUAUUGUUUUUAGUUUUAAUUUUUUCAAACAGAGUAGAGGGAGCACACAGAGCCUUUUUUCUUAAUCUAAUUGUAGAUGAGUAGAUCAACCUUUAUCACUUAACUAGAGAAGCAAAGUUUUAUUGAGAGCUGUGUAUCGACGACACAUAUAUCUAACACAUAUAGAGAGCCCCAUUAGCCCUUUCCCCGAUUCCCGCGUAGUGACCAAUCCAAAUUGGCUAUUAUCCAAAAUUCGACUAUUUUUCCCAAUUGUUAGUUUUUCCUUACUUCAAGUAGUAGUAGUAGUAACAACAGCGCAGAAAUUGACAAAAAUCUUUUUCAGAAUUUUGAGAAUUCAGCAAUGUGUUUAUUUUUUCAGAGACAAAACACUAGUUCGUUUAUUUUCAUUUCGUUUUUUGAGCAGGACACCAUAAAAUAUAUCGAUGAUGUAGUUGAUAAGACUUUUUGUAACAAAAGCAAACAGUGAAGACGAUUAAAACAAUUUUACUAAUUUCUAUUCAUGAAUGACUAAAGCGCAUGUGAGAUAAAGCAAAUUAUGUUAAACUAUAAACUUAAACAAUUUUACAGAAAAUGAGAACCAAAUGUAAAAUGAACUGUGAGAGUGGGUUAAAUACAUGAAAUGAAGAAUAAAAACAACGGUAAACCCCAUUUAA